AGUGUCUUACCGACUGUUCGAGUAGUCAUUUCCCUCUGUCUCGCUCAUUUUCCCGUUUAUUUAUUUUUUUUUCAACAUAAAAAACGAGAGAGAGCAAGUGAGAGAGAUUGUGUAUUAUUCACUAACAGCUGCAUGAGCAUCAUACACAGAGUAUGUCUCGCACACAGAUCGUGAUUGUGACGGUAACACAGAGGUCCUUCGCGGCCUAGAGGCGCGAGUAAGAAAAUGGCGGACAGUGCUAUGGCAAAAGGGCAGGGACGUUUACAAAGAUAAGAAGACAUAUAUUGUUUUGUCAAAUUAAUAAACAUUAUAAUACGUCAAAUUAAUAAAAAGUUUAUCAUAAUUGUGACAUUAAUAAGUUUAUUAUUAAUAAUUAAUUAAUAACUAUUUUAUUUAUUGUGAAACGCGUGGUGAUUGAAAAAUAUUAAUAUUUAAUAAAAUAUAAUAAUAAUAAUAAGACAAAUGAAUUAGUAUUUUGUGGUUUCGAAUAUAUACGUGAGUGACAAUUAAAUUUUCAAAUUUAAUUGAUUUAAUUUAUUGAAUUAUUUGAGUUUAAAAAAAGUAUUAACUUAUUUAAAAUAUUAAAAAUAGAUAAAUUAUUAUGUGUGUAUUUAAAGACAUUUAAUUUUUUUUUUUUUUCAUUUUUCGAAAUUCGAAAUUUAUAAUUAAAAUAUAAUAAUAAAAUAAAUAAAAAAACACACAAGGAUUUUUACAAGAUCGAAUGGAAAUGAAAAUCAGAUAGGUGUAUUAUCAAUAAUGGGGAAAUAAAAUAUUAAACAAAUGAAUGAAUAGUAAGCUCAUUAAAAAUGUGAAGGAUCAGGCAAUCAGUAAUGAAGCCACAAAAGAAGGCAAUUACUGCCCAAAAGGCACAAAAAUUACCAUCAAUUGUUAAAAAACGUAAAACAAUAAUAACAGAAAAAUCAAUAAAUGAUAGCAAAAAAAUAAUAAAAAAUAAUAAAAUUGAUGAUAAUAAUAAAAAAAAAUUAAAUAUUGAAAAAAAAAAAUUAGAAAAAUGUAAAUUUAUUAUUGAUGAUAAAAAAAAAAAUAAUAAAGAUAAAGAUAUGGAUAAAAAAUCUGAAAAUAUGGAUGAUAAUAAAAAAAUUGAUAAAAUUGAUAAAAUUGAUGAUACAAUUAUUGAAAUAAAUGGUUGUAAUGAGAAGAAAAAAAUUAUAAAAAUUGAUGAAAAGAAAAAAUUAUGUAAAGAUGAAGAUCAGCUUGAUAGUAAUUCAUCAAUAAUUUUACAUUCAUCAUCAAAUGAUGAUGUAAAAUUAAAUGAUGAUAAAAUUGAUACACAAAAUUCAUUGAAAAAAAAAAUAAAAGAUGAUAAAAAAAAAGAUAAUAAAAAUAUAAAAAAUGAGUCAAAAGAAAGUGUUAAUAAAAAUUCACUUACCAAAGACAAAAAAAUUGAUACUAAAAAAAUGGAUAAAGAUAUUGUUAAAAAAGUAAAAUCACCAGUUAUUAAAAAAGACACAAAACAAACAAAUAAAAAAACAACAAUUAAAAAAACAAUUGUUGUUAAAAAUUCAAAUAUUCCAGUGGUUAAAAAAAUUAUUCAAAAAAAAUUAAAACUAGUCAAACAAACAAAAGAAGACAAUGCAACAUCAACAACUGAAGAUGAAGAAAUAAUAACAAAAACUAAAAAAAAAAUAAUAACAUCAUUAAACAAGGAUAAAAAGCCAAAAUUAUCAAAACAAAUGAAAGCAAAAUUACCAGUUAAAAAUGAUAAAAUAAAUAAUGUAUUAAAAAAAGAAAAAUUAAUUAAAAAAAUUACUGAAAAAAUUGUUAAUAAAAAAAAACAACAAGAACAAAAAGAUGGAGAUAAAAAUAUCAAUGAUUUUAAUAAUAUUAUACCAAAAGAAGAACCAAUUAAUCAUGAUGAUAUAAAAAAAGAAAUAAUAAAUGAUGAUGACACUGUUAAUGAUGAUAAUGACGAUACUAAUAAUCAACAAAAAAAAAAACCAAUUGUUAAAUCACGUCAGUCAAAAAAGCCAUCUAAAAAAUCAACAUUAAAAAUUGGUAAAACAAUUGAUAAAGAUGAUGAUAAUGAAGAAGAUAAUUGUGAAAAAAUAAAAUUAAAAAUUGAAAAUGAACAAUUAAAACCAGAUGAUAAUAUUAAAAAUAAAAAAGAUAAUGAUAAUUUAAUAAAAUUAAAUUUAAAAAAAGAAUUAAAAAAUGAUACAAGUACUGAUGAUGAACGUUCAUCGACAAAUUCAGAUAUUGAUUCUGAUGAAAAUCUUGAAACAAGACAAGCUAAAAAAAAUAAAUUAAUUAAAAAACAAAAUACUAAUCAUACCAAUAAUAGUUCUGAUGAAGAUGAACAAUCACGUAGAAUGCGUCUAUUUGGUUUUUGGAGUGGUCCAAAACGUCAUCGUGUUGCUUCAUUAAAUGCACUAGCAAAAGUUCAUUGUCUUUACGAAAAUGAAGCCGGUGGUGUUUAUCUUGGUGGUUUUUGUAAACCAAAACCUGAAAAAGAUAAAGAAAAAAUUAAUAAAAAAUCUACGACAACAACAACAACAACUAGUAAAGAAAAUAAAGAUGAAUCUACCGCAUCGGGACGUAAAGAAAAAGAUAAUAAUAAUAAAAAAAUUGAUGUCAGCAGUAAGACCGAGACUGCAGUUAAUUCAACAUCAAAACGUAACUUAAGGAAUGUACCUGGUUUACGUGGUAAACAUUGGGACAUGAUGGAGUGUUCAUCAUCAUCAUCAUCGUCGUCAUCAUCAUCAUCAGAUGAAGAAGAAACAAAUGAAGAAAAUGAUAAAAAAAUUAAACGUGGUAGAAAAAAAAAUACACCAAAAAAAAAGAAAAAUGAAAAUAUUAUGGAUUUAAAAGAUAUGGUUGUUUGUAAACGUAUGGCAAGUUUAAAUGCAUCAGCAAUACUUGCUGCAUCAUAUUCUGAUGAAAAAAAUCAAUUAAAUACGUCAUCUGAAUCAUCAGAUGAAGAUUCAAGUGAAGUUGAAGUUAUCAGAAGAAAAAAAAAUGAUAAUAACGAUGAUAAAAAGAAAGGAAAAAGAGAUGUUCAAGAUGAUGAUGUAUUAAAACCAGCAAAGAAGGUUGUCAUUGUUAAUCAAGACACUGAUGUUACAAUUACCGGUGUCUAUGUUAAUCAAACCCGAUCAACCCACCACGAGGGUUUCUGCAGCAUUGCUGGAAUGCAAUAUAGAAUCAGUUCUACAAGCCACACGCAAACAGCAGCUACCGCUGUUGCUGCUGAACUUCACGAACAGAAAGUAGAGCAACCCUGCAAAUCAUAUACACCCCUUGGGGCUUUAUCGUCGAUGCAGCCACCAGGGAGUCAAGGGAAUCACCCAAAUAUGUCACCAAGAAGACACUCUGCUUUUACUGCACCUCAUCAGCAUGGAUACUAUCAACCGGCUGGUCCGCUUAUACAGCAUCCUCCCACGUUACCACCAGUUAAGGGACCACCACCAGAGCCAACACCUACACCACCCCAAAAUUCAGAAGGCUCUGACGAUCUUGUCUCAACAUCAACAACUUCCGGUGGAACGAAUAGCACAGGUAAUUCGUUGCUUUCGUAUCAUAAAAUGGACUCCAGAUUGUCAUCUUCAAUAAAUCCAACUACAUCGAUUGUUCCCAAUUCAGGUGGAGGUUUUUAUCGAGCCUAUUGUCCACAGUAUUACGGUACACCACCACAAUAUCAAGAACUUUGUUAUCCACCAACUUAUCCACAUCCCCAUUCGCAUCCGCCGCCUUACUACAAAUAUCCAUCACCUUAUCGAAGGCAAUAUUACGGAUAUCCAGAAGCAGGAGGAGGAGCUGGUACUGGUGGUACUGGUAAUUUAGGUGGUCCAGGUGUAUUAGAAUAUCCACCACCACCACCACCACCAGGUGAUUAUCCACCAAUGCCACCAUAUUACGCUGGUUAUCCACCACAAGCACCACCACCUCCACCUCCGCCACCACCACCAAAUCCUGCAUAUAUGCAUGCACAAGGACGACAAAUUGUUGAUCAUCCAGCAUUUCAAAGUUGUCCAUGCCCAAUGCAAUCGUGUCCAAAAAACGUGGAUACUGGGCCCCUUAUUGGUAAUGGUAAGGGGGCGCCAGUUGUAACGGGGCAUGGUCUGUCAUUGCCACCCAGUGCAUUAGUGGGACCACCCUCACCAGCAAGAGGUCUUGCUGGUUUAGCACCACCACAUGGUGCUAACGCCUGGGACACGGAUCGCGUCCAAAUUAAUAAUCAUCAUAAUCAACAACAACAACAACAAUUUAAUAAUGUUAAUAAUAAUAAUACAUCAUCAACAAUACAAAAAAAUAAAAAUAAUAAUAUUGAUAAGAAAUCAUGUAAUAAUGAUAAUAAAUUACAUAAAAAUUAUAAUACAUAUGAUAAUAAAAAUAUAUGUACAUCAACAUGUGAAGUUAAACAAGAAACAUUGUCACCAAUUGAUUCAUCAACAAUACCAAUAACAACAAAAACAUCAACACCAAUUAAAAAAUCAACAACAAAAACAACAAUUAAUAAUAUAAAUGAUUGUAAAAUUGAAAAUAAUAAUGUUAAAUGUGAAUCAUGUACAAGUGAAAUAACUGAUAAUUUAUCAUCAUGUAAUAAUGAUAAUUGCGAUAAUGUUAAAUGUGAAAAUACAAAUUUUAAAUGUGAAUUAAUUAAAUGUGAACAAUGUAUAAAAGAAGGACAAAUAUCAAUAUUAGAAAUUGAUAAAGAUUCUGGUAUAUUAUUAAUUGAUGAUAAACUUGAUGGUGAUAUUGAUACUGAUGUUAAAGAAGAAUAUAAUGAUGUUACUGUUGUUGUUGCUAAUAAUAAUAUUAAUAAUAAUAUCAAUAAUAAUAGUAAUUGGGAAAAACCAGAUUAUGAACCAAUUGUAACUGAUCAAGUUGAUGAUGAUAAUAAUAAUUAUAAUGAUGAUGACGAUGAUGAUGAUGAUGAUGAUGACGAUGAUAAACGUUUAGUUAUCAAUGAAGAAUUGCCAAAGUGUCAAUUAUUGACAAAAAGAAAAUUAUCAUUAGAUAGUUUAUCAAAUUCACCGAAAAAAAAGAAAUUUGAUAAACGUACAUUAUCUGUUGACUCAACAAGAAAUAAUGAUGAUGAUGAUGAUAAUGAUGAUGAGAAUGAUAAAAAAUUAAUAAAUCCAAUGAAUGAAAGUGUUGUCAUUUCAUCGGAUGAUGGUUUUAGUGAAUCACCAAUUACUAUCAUUAAUAAUAAUAAUAAUUAUAAUAAUAAUAAUAGUAAUAUUAAUAAUAAUAAUAACAAUAAAAAACAACAAAUAAUAAAUAAAGAUUGUAAUAAACGUAAAGCUGAUAAUUACAAUAUUAAUAAUAAUACAACAAAAAAACCAAAAAUAAUAAAAACAAAUAAUAAUGGUUUAACAGCAAGUGAAUUAUCAAUAAUGGAAACAAUAAAUAAUGUUAUACAACAAAGUGUUAUAAUGACAAGUAAAAAAAAUGAAAAUAAUAAUAAUAAAUUAAAAUUAAUAAAAGAUAAUAAUGAUAAAUAUAAUAAUAAAAAAGUUAAUUUAUUAUCAAUUAUAAAAAAAGUUCCAAAAACAAUUGUUAAAAAUGUUGUUAAUGAAAAAUUAUGUUUAUCAUCAAAGACUGAUGUAUUAAAAAAUGACAAAGAAACAAAAAUUAAUGCUAAUAAAUUUAAUAAAAAUAAACAAAAAUUAUUAUCAACAACGCCAACACCAACAGCAACAAUAACAACAACAAUUACAACAUCAACAGCAAUUGAUACAACAAUUAAAAUAAAAACAAAUGAUGAUAAUAAUAAAUUUGAUGAUAUUAAAAAAGGAGGAGGAGGAGGAGCUUUUGUUAAAAAGAAAAAUAAUAAUAAAAGUACAAAAAAAUUAAAUUGUAAAAAAUUGAAUGCUAAGACUGAGGAUAAUAAUAUUAUAAUCAAUGAAAAUUGUAGUCUUGUUAAAAGACCAUUCCUCAAACCCAAAUGGAGCAAUGGAUGGAGUUGGGAAGGCGAGUCGUACGAGGCCAAAGUUUAUUUAACGAAUGAAGAAUCAGCAAUUCGUAGAUGUUACAAAAGUAUGAGACACACGAGUGGAGAUGUAUUACGACCUAGAGAUUGUGUAUUAUUAAAAAGUGGUCAACGAAAAGCUGAUUUACCUUUUGUUGCAAAAAUUGCAGCACUUUGGGAAAAUCCAGAUGAUGGUGAAAUGAUGUUUUCUUUACUUUGGUACUACAGACCAGAACAUACAGAACAGGGCAGAACUGAUUACGACACAGAGGAUGAGGUUUUUGCAUCUCGUCAUCGUGACGCAAACAGUGUAGCUUGUAUAGAGGACAAGUGUUAUAUUUUAACUUUCAACGAGUACUGUCGAUAUCGAAAAAAUUUAAGAAGAGUGGAAGAAGGUUUGGAGUGUCUGGGUCUCAUUGUACCUCAUGGUGAAUUAAUUUAUCCUCGAGAAAAUCGACAACCACCAAUACCAGUACCAUCUGAUAUGGUACUAUUUUGUCGGAGGGUUUAUGACUAUCGUGGAAAAAAACUUGUUAAAAAUCCUGGAUGACUCGACAGUGUGUAAAAAAAUAAAAACUCUAAUAAUAAUAAUAAAAAAGAUAUAUAAAACUGAGUGGGAAUCAAUGGAAUACAAAAUAAAAUUUAAAAGUAAAAGAAAAAAUUAAACAAAAAACUACAUUGAACAGAAAAUAAGAGAAAAAUUUAUAUAAAAAAAAAAAAAACAUUGAAACUUAUCACAGGUUUUGUGCCUUCAAGCGUCAUCACAAAUUGAACAAAAUGACUUUUCAUUAUACUGAUUCACUCGGAAUAAAAUAAAUAAAGUAGAAAAUAAAAUAUUUAAAAAAAAAACAUUGAAUUUAUCGAAACGUGAUGAAAUAUGACAGACGAAAUAAAUCAAACUGAUAUAAUUGUUUCAUAAAGUCAAUAGGCAUUAAUUAUUGUACGCUUUGUGUGUGGAGAUUUUUCUAGUGCUUUAGACUGACAAUUUUUUCAUAGAAGAGAUAUAAUCAAUAUUUUUUUGUGACGUAGUUUUAACAAGUAUAUAUUUUUCACACAUUAUAAAAAUAUAUUUAUAUUUAAAAAAGAAAAAAAUAAGAAAAAAUGUAAAAAUAAAAAAAAAUAUUAAAAGGGUUUUUCAUGUUGAAAAAUUAUUUUAAAAAAAUAAAGACAACAUUGUUUGAUGAUACAACGCUUGAAGGAUAAAAAUCUGUUAAAGUUUCAUAUGGAAAUCAAAAAAAAAAAACAACAAAAUAAUACUUUAAUAAUAAAUUCAAA